AUGGCAGAGCUGUGGGAAUUCAUUGAGAACCCACAGCCAUCAGGCGACGGCGUGUCGCUCAUUCCCCAGGAUUGGGCACCCGUGGAAAACGUCUUGCGGCCCACGGAGAUUGUCUUGCUGUUGGCAGGUUUGCAGACCCGCGGGAACAUCAGCGCUGUCUGGCGACUGAUCAGUGCCAACCGACAGGAUAUGCUUGUCUACCAAUCGUACAUGGCUCCCUUUCCGAAGCUGGUGUUCCGGCCGCGAACAGAACGGAGCAUCCUGCUCAAGGCCUAUGCCUCCCUGACUCCGACAACGGUGAGGUUUCAGAUGAAGUACGCGACCACCGACAACGUGGCUCUCGAUCUGGAGCUUCCAGUGCAUGGGGGAAUUUCAAUGUACGACUUGCUCUCUGCCGUUCAGGAUGGAUUAACGCCGCCUCCGGGCGUAGGUGUUCAGCUCCUCAGUACAGCCCAUGUUCAGAGGCCGCUCACAAUUUUCGACUGCAUGGUUUUUAUGGAUGAAUGGACUUUCCAGGAGCUCGAGGCUAAGAUCCUGGCAGUGGGCGAGGUUUUGAUGCAGCAGCAGACCGAUUUGGUUGAGAAAUCCUUCAAAUCCGUCAAAGCCACACAACUCAAGCAAGUUUUGGAGGACAUCUCUGGCUUCGUCACCCUGACCGCGGAGCAAGCGACGAGAAUCGGCACCAUCCUUCGCCGAGGGCCAUGGGACCAAGAGGAUCGAGCAAUCGCUGCCGCAUGCCUGUCAAAUGUUCUUGCCAACACCGGUCGCAAGGGAGGUGCCGUGGUGAGGCGGGCCAACCAAGACCUCUUGAGCUUCCACAAGUUCUUGAGCAAGAACGAUGCAUGCGUGCUGGCCGACCCGUCGGCCAGCAUGCACACAAAUGCAGAUGUCGUCGCAAGCCGGAUGGUCAAAAUUCAGUUGUGGCUGGCGAGUGAACAAGCCUAUAGCGAGGUGAUCAAGACGGUUCAGGCGGCCGGCGCCGAGAUGUCCAGUGCCCAGGACCAGUAUGCCUUCUUACAGUUGCUGAAGAAGAUGGUCCGGAGUCGGGUCAAGAAGUUGCCCAAGAACAUCGAAUUGCCGAACCCAUUCCCUGACAAACCAGAGGACCUGCCAGACCACGUGCGUGCGGAAGCCUAUAACCCGGAGGAUCCGGCGGUUACCAUCGAGGGGUCGGUCGCGAAGGGCAGCAUCAUGCGCAAGAGCAGCUCAGAGCUCCGGCCCCAGGACGUCCAAGUGGCCCUUCCGAGUAAGAAACCCCGCACAAGCUUCUCCUCGAACCAGCCAAGCCAACAAGAAAUGUUUGCGGGCAUGGCUUCCCAAUUCGCAUCUUUCAUGAUGAACUACAUGAAUGGCAACCCCUCCGGCUCCAGUGGCUCGAACGCUACGGAUUUGCAGCAUGGCGCUCAUGGGCAGGCGUCACAGGAGUCGUCACCCCCGCCGCAGCCGCAGCAGUCGCUUGCGACGCUGCGGCCCGAGCUGCAGUCUCCGACGCAGCAGGCCCCAUCACAAGUGCAAGUGACGGAUGCGAACAUGGGCUUCACCCAGUUUGAGAUGCCGGACACAUCGCGGCCAGAGCUCGAGGAACGUGAACCUGAUCGUCAGCCGCUCAGUGCGGCAGCUGCUGCUUUGGCAGUCGAGAAGGCCGUGGAGAACCGCAACGAAAAGACGAAGCCCGGCAUUCUCAAAAAGCCCGCGGCCGCAGAGACUGCUGCACCGAAAGCCAAGGCGAAGGCCACGGCCAAAGUGAAGGCCAAGUCCACCCCCAAAGCGAAGGCGAAGUCCCAGUCCAAGAAGACGACUAUCAACCAAGGUCCGAACAAGGGCUGGGUCGUGGAGGUACGUGAGCGCCGCGUCGGGAACAGUGCCGGGCAAACCGACACGUACUAUCGACCAACCCGCAACAUCCAGGGCCACUUUGAAACGGAAGCGAGACGAGAAGAUGUGAGCUACAUCGACCCACUGGCGGUGCUUUGGCAUGCCUGCAAUCAAGGGGGUGGCUUCCAGGAGUUCCUGCAGAACUGCGUGCUGUAUUUUUCCCUGAAACAGUUUGGGGGCCUGGCCCUGAGCAAAGAAGACUCCUGGUUCGUGCUGACUGCAGUGCGUUCCACGGAUGUCAAGCGGCUCAGCAACGGCAUGACGCAGCUCAUGAAGAGGCACAGCUUCCUGAGUGCUUGUCAAUGGCCAGCUGCCGUUGGUGACAAAGGCGCCUCCGCGAAGAAAGUCUUCGCCAAGAAGGUGACCGAGUUCAAGUCCUCGGCGUCGGAGGCCAUGGCUUUGUACCCCGUGAUGCGGGCCUUCUUGCAGGAGAAGCUGCCAAGCAUCCGGGACAACCAGUGCAAGGAAUGUUGCCGAUGCUUUUUCGUUCUAUGCGAAGUCCUUGACCUCCUGUGUAAAACGUCGGUACCACUGGAUCCUUCGACGCUAGCUGCUGCUCUGGAACAGAAAAUCGAAACGCACAUGGAGCUGUUCAAGCGCUGCUACGGGGUGGAGAAGGUCAUCCCCAAGGCACACUUCAACCUGCACCUGGGCGACUUGCUGCGGCGUCAUGGCCUGCUACUCUCCUGCUUUGUGCAUGAAAGGAGGCACAAGGAGAUUAAGAGGUAUGCGAAUAACCUCGACUCCAUGCAGGCAGGAUCCGAAAGGCACAUUCUCCAACUGGAAUUGGAGGAGCACAUGAAGAACCUCCUCGUCUUCUCCGAAAUGAAAGCAGGGCUGGUCAACCCCAAGGCUGCCGCCGGCCAGGUGCAACAGGCUUUUUGCGACUACUUCUCCUUGCCAGGCAGUCCUGGACUGCUCGUAAGCAUGUCCUGCCACGUCGGGAAUGGCAGGCUGUGCAAGCGAGAGGACGUGGUCGUCGUCCAUGGGCCCAACGGCGACGAAGUGGCUCAAGUGUGGUUCCAUGUCGAGUUCAACGGACACGGCUACACGUGCAUGUCCGAGUGGCGUUCUUUGGGCCGAAAUCGUUUUCGAACCUGUGACGAGCCUGUGUUCCGAUCAACACAUGCUAUCUGCAGACUGUGUGCUUUCAAGAAAGAGACUGACCGUGCACUGGUCAUACCGCUGAGCAUGCCCAUGUGA